GGUCACUCGAAUGACAUGUCUACGUUUUGCUGUUUUGGAAGAACUGUUAACAUUGGCAACUGAUUUAUUAAUAAUACUCGUAAAAUUAAAAAACUGGACUCCACACAGUCGGUCAGUCGGUGAAUCUGGGCUGCUUGGUCUGCAACGGUCUCAAAAGCCUCAGGUUCUCAUUUUCCUUCUCCAGUAUCGGUGUCACCCCUGAUGUCAUCAUUGGUGUCAUCUCAUUUUGGUUUUCCGAUGUAUUUUCCAAAGUAGCGCCACACCUCGCGCCAACUCGACUUAAUGCAGUGGAGGGGUCGCCUGGGGACCCGUCGGGGUCAGUUUCCAUUAAAUUAUAUUGCGUUGUUUCUUGCCAAAGUAUCAACAUUUCUCCCGGAGCAAAAAAUUUGACAAUGAGCCUCCCUGUUUAUAGGGCGAUUAAUUUGGUUGGUAUAUCACUUCUCCUUAUUAGAAACUAUUUUAAAUACGAUAGCUGUCAUAAUGCAAGUGUCAUAUUAAUACAAAGUGUCCGGCCAGUGAUGCUAGGACUUCUGUCUACAAAUAAUAAGACGCAAAUGACUGGCAAAAAGAUUGAACCUGAAGCUGAGAAAGAACCAACUCCAGAAGCAAUGGAUAAAAGAUGUGAUCAGCCAGUAGAAAGGGCGGUAGUCGAGGAAAAAACGAAAAGUGAAUUAGGUUUGCCCGCAUCUCAUAACCAAGAACCUGCAGGAGAAAAGAAAACAUUUCUGAAACCCGUAACAAAAAGAAGUAGAAGCAAAAGAAAAAUUGGGCAGACUACUUCCAACGAAUGCAAUAAGGAACAGAAUGAACCUGUGAAGACCCUGUUAGACAUCACAGCGAAUUAUGUCAUUAGAAAUCAACAACAAUUGAAUAAUUUUUACAAAUCACGCCUAAAACACGCUUGGAGAAUGAUAAAUUCAGAUAAAUACUCUGGAGAUACAUUGAAUCAAUGCUAUAAUGCCGUAAAAGAUCUUAAUAAAAAGACGAAAUUACUGCGCUGUAUUGAAAAUGACAACAUCACCAUAGAUAUUCUAAUGGAGGAAUAUGGAAACAGUGACAUUUUUUUGAGAGAACAACAUAUGCUGCCAGAUUACGAUCCAUUCGAAAUUUCAGAGGAGAGUAUGGAAAUUAUCAGGAAUUUUGUUGAAUCUUGUGAUUAAAGUUUAUUUAGGAUACCGAUUGUUCUUUAGUUCAGUUGCAUAUUGAAUAAAAAUUCUAAUACACCAAUUUUCCACUUGCCUUUAAGAUUAGUCCGAACCUGUCUCACCAUGAACGCUUCAAUGUGUUUGUGAUAAUACGAUAUUACGGUACACCACCAUAGAUAACAUAGAUAGAGUUUCUUUAUUUGCUAAACCACACUUACACGUUUUAGCAUUGUCAGACUGAUGAAGCAAAAUAUUUGAAAUACAUUCCUAAUAAAAAC